UCUCCUCGCCCUUCCCUUCCCUUCCCUAUCUCGGCUCGCCACUCAGCUCAGGUCACUUUGACAAGCUGGCGCUCUCCUCUUCCUCCUCCUUCGUCGCGCAAUUAGCAUAUUAAUCAGCCCAGCGAUCGGAUUCCGAGUCGGUCGGAGCGCAGGGUCGUCUCGCGCACAGCCAGGCCAACGCAGCCCAGCCCAGCUCGGCCCUGGACUGGCCGACGAGCGUAGGGAGAGAGGCAUCGGGCUGCCCCACUUUCUGCGAUUGCUGUGUAUCCCGGCGGGGAGGCCCCGCAAUCGGGGGCGACCUUGCCCAGGGAUUGGGGUCUCUCUCAGAGCGGCGGAUGCCAGGACCCGCCGAGCGGGCACGUCGCACCUUUGCUGCGCCAGGCCGGGCAUGUAAAGAUGUCAGUAGGCUGUGCAUGCCCAGGCUGUUCCUCUAAGUCAUUCAAGCUGUACUCUCCAAAGGAGCCUCCAAACGGCAACGCCUUCACCCCCUUUCACUCAGGCACUAUGCUGGAUCGAGAUGUGGGACCAACUCCUAUGUAUCCACCAACAUACCUGGAGCCUGGGAUUGGGAGACACACACCAUAUGGAAACCAGACUGACUACAGAAUAUUUGAACUCAAUAAGCGGCUGCAAAACUGGACAGAGGAAUGUGACAAUCUGUGGUGGGAUGCCUUCACCACUGAGUUUUUUGAGGAUGAUGCCAUGUUAACAAUCACUUUCUGUUUGGAAGAUGGACCAAAGAGAUACACAAUCGGCCGUACCCUAAUUCCUCGCUACUUCCGCAGUAUCUUUGAGGGAGGCGCUACUGAGCUGUAUUAUGUUCUGAAGCACCCAAAGGAAUCCUUCCAUAACAACUUUGUUUCACUUGAUUGUGAUCAGUGUACUAUGGUCACUCAGCAUGGCAAGCCUAUGUUCACCCAGGUGUCUGUGGAGGGCCGCCUCUACUUGGAAUUCAUGUUUGAUGACAUGAUGAGGAUAAAGACAUGGCACUUCAGUGUCCGGCAGCAUCGGGAGCUUAUUCCCCGUAGCAUCCUUGCUAUGCAUGCGCAAGAUCCCCAGAUGUUGGACCAGUUGUCCAAAAAUAUUACUCGAUGUGGACUUUCAAACUCCACACUCAACUACCUCCGACUGUGUGUAAUCCUAGAACCAAUGCAGGAGUUGAUGUCUCGACACAAGACCUACAGUCUCAGUCCUCGGGAUUGCCUCAAGACGUGCUUAUUCCAGAAGUGGCAACGUAUGGUGGCGCCACCUGCUGAACCUGCACGUCAGCAGCCUAGUAAGCGCCGGAAAAGGAAGAUGUCUGGAGGUAGCACCAUGAGUUCCGGCGGAGGCAAUACCAACAAUAGCAACAGCAAAAAGAAGAGCCCAGCCAGCACCUUUGCCCUCUCCAGUCAGGUACCUGAUGUGAUGGUGGUGGGCGAGCCAACCCUGAUGGGUGGUGAGUUUGGCGACGAAGAUGAGCGCCUUAUCACUCGACUGGAGAACACACAGUUUGACGCUGCCAAUGGCAUUGACGAUGAGGACAGCUUCAACAACUCUCCUGCGUUGGGCGCCAACAGUCCCUGGAACAGCAAACCUCCUUCCAGUCAGGAGAGCAAGUCUGAGAAUCCAACGUCGCAAGCAUCACAAUAAAGCCCCCCAAACAGUGCCCAGCCGGGCCUAUACUUGACUUGGCUGGUGCCCCAUGGACUGAGUCGAAACCAUUCUACCUGGACAAUUGUGAAGAAGAGUGGCUGGCCAACAAGGUAUCAAGGCCUAUGAGCACUGCAGCGCCUGCCUGCCUACAGUUAACCUGGCCACGAUUCCCUGCUGUCUGCACUCUUGGCUGUCCCCUUUAGGGCAGAAUUGGAACAGUGGGCUUUUAGUCCCAGCAGAAUUUUAAUUCCUUCUUCUCUGUCAAUGCAUCCAGCGCCCUGGAUACCACAAGCUACAUUGUUAGGGGGUGGUAUUCAUAGCAGUCCCAUAGAGCCUCCAAACUUUGGUGGAUCAGCAUGAAAUACCUUGGGAGGUCACAGGACUGAGUACUUAAGAUGGGCAGGAAAAAUCUGGUCUAAGCCCCUUUCUAUCAUUCAGUUUCAUAUAAGGGGCAUCAAAAAGGUUCCAUUUUAGCAGGAGAGUCUUAGAGUCUUGUGGAUAAUGUCAUGACUCAAAUCGGUGCAGCUAUGAUUUUUGUGGGUUGAAUUUUAAGCAGUUCAUCUUGACUGUCUUAGAGCUGGCAGAGCAGUAAUUCUGCUUUGCCCGAAGAACCCAGAAAACCAAUAUGGCAGGAGAUUAUAUGGGGUUUUAAAUUUUCUGGAAUGCAUUAUUAAAAUAUUCUGCAGUUACCUGGAAGGGCACUUGUCCUUUUGGUCAUAUCCUUAGGCAUGGGCUGUUUUGUCCCAACCUGCUCUUAAAGGAAAUUGCAGUCCUCGUACAUACCCUGCCCUCAGUAUUUUGGGCUUUUUUAAAGAAAUAAAAUAAAAUUGUAAGUUUAAAAAAAAUCUGCCCUCCCUCCCUAUUUCCCCCAAUCCUGAUUUUUGUACAGGCUUGUCUACUAAUUGGGAGUCUUAGUUUUUGUAUACAGUUCUGAGAGCUUCAAACCAAGGAGAGACUUUGCAAACUUCCUUUAUACACUGCUUUGAGGACAGCAUGGCUGCCCCACUCCCUCCCCCCGUGUAAUUUGUGUGUGCUGCUGUUCCUGCUCCACCCUCCCCUACCAUAUCCCCCCCUUUUCAAAUUUGUGUACCUUGUGCUUGUAUAUUUCUGCACUGUAUGCUGUGUGUAUGAUGCUGUUCUUUCACUGUGUUCUCACUAAGGCAGCCGCUACCAUUACCAGUGGUAGUGGGGGAGGAGUUGAUUGUGAUAGGCGGCAGGACAGUUCAGAGGGCACUGUUACCAAUUUACAGCAGUGCAGAACCACAGGAAUGGGGCUGUGGCAUCUGGGGAAGCAAUAUACCCACAUUUUGCAAAGGGAGUGUAAUUGUUUCUUCUCUUUCUGGAAGGGUCUCUAGGAAACCAUUGGCCAGGCAGACACGUCCAUUUUUAUUUGAAGUGCUGGUAUUAAAUCCCCAAGGUAGCAAAUCCACUUACUUACCUUUCUACCUUCCAAAGUUCUUCCUUAAAGCCUAGGUUUAUCCUGUACAUCUUGGAGGGAAAAAAAUGCUUUAAUUAUGUCACUGAGGCCUCAAAAUUGCUGUGAGUGAGGCAUGAUUUUCCAUUUUUGAGAAGAGUGCAAAAAUAAGGUAUUUUGGCCACCUCAUGGCCCAGACUGAUUGUGAAGGUGAUUGCAUUUAGAGAGACAAAGGCUGCACUGUCAUGGCACAAUACUCUUUAACCUAACUUAGGCUAUUUCUUCAAGAUGAUUUCUAUCUGCAAAGAUUUUUUUCCCCUUUGCAGCAUUAUUGUCAUCAGCUUGCCUAGAGCUGCUAGUUUUGACCAUGAUUUGUCUAACGCUGUGAGAAGAAUUUCCUUUCAAGUCAUGCUCUGGAAUCCUAGAUACUCUCUACUCUGAUGGAGCCUAGUUGGAUGAACCUGAGAUAUAUUCAUGGCGGUUUGGUCACUUUUGUAUUACUGGGCCCAGGUCCUUCCCCGUGGGCAGGUAAUUAUAGCAGCUAGUAGUGUAAUUUACAAGGGAUUGGGUUUUUUUCUGUUUCGUUUCCUACUUCAAAAUAAGAAUGUCACGUUCUCUGCUGCUGUGGCUCAGCAUGUAGUGAUGACGUGUACUCUUGUCAGCUCUCUCCACCUUGUCCCUUUCCACUUCCCUAGGGCACUGUAAAGCUUUUUUUUUUUUUUUUUUUUUUUGCAUUUUGUGCCAUUUAUGGUCAUGUAUGGUACCAAUAAAACAACUUUUCGGUUUGGUGCUCUCCUUGCAGUGUCAUUUCUCAUCUGGAUCUUGAGAAAGGGGAUCUGUUCUUACAUGCAGGUUCUAGUCAUCAGAAUUCUGUGAUUUAGGCUGAGGUAAACCGCUGAUAUGGUGGAAUUCAAGGGCUAAUACUUGUUCUCUGCUGCCAGCAUCUCCCAGUUUUAAAUUGUGGUCCUUGUUUCCUGCUUCCCUUUCCAUUUCUAAACAACUCUGUGUGCUGAUAUAAGGCAUUCUGGAAUCUGUGCACCAAGCAACUGAGAAAUCUUGAGCACAUCAAAGGGAACAGAAAAGUUUCUGCAGCUGAAGAAAGUAUUCUUGUGUGUAAAGGAGAAAAAAAUAUCACAAAGAAGCCUGAGCCGUGCCGUUCCUACAUUUGCAGGCAGCCAGACAGUUCGCAGUCCAAAUAUGGUUGCAUUGUCAACUGUUUGAUUAACAGAAAAUAGGGCAAACAAAUUUGAUAGAAAUCAUGAAUGUCAGGAAAAUGAGUUGGUUUGGUAGUUGGAACAUUUUAUCUUCAAUAGCAGAGUCCCUUAUUACUGAUUCAAUCACCCAUGUCACAUUGGGUAAGGAGGUGGGGAAAAAAGCUAGCCGUGUGCCUAGUGUUGGCAGUGCAUGAAAAGAGAGAACGAUACCUGAAAUAUUUCUGUCUCACUAGCCAAGGGAACUUUAGCACUAUAUUAGCCUGCAUCUUCCCUUCCUCCAUUUUAUAAGAUCUUAAUACCUGUGUCUUUCAAAACUAUUGUAAUCUUAUGCCAUAUUUCAUUCUUGGAACCAGACUUUGCAACAUUAAAGAGAGACAAGGCUUUGGCUACCUUUUUGCUUCUUCUCUCCGUGUAAAUUUUUAAAAAUGCAGGAAAUAUAUUUUAAGAUGUAAUCAGCAACUUCUGUGUUAUAUAUAUACUACUUAAACUCAAAUACUGAACCCAUCAUCAUCUGUUAGACAGCAGAGGAACAAAUUUGCUUCCAGGAACUUUUCACAUUUUAUUUUAAACAUUUAGCUGAUGGAGCUACAGUCACAUCCCAAUAAUUUUCCUACCAGAAUGAUUCUUGUGGAAAGAGAAAAUGUAUCUCUGCUAUUCUGGUAUUAAUUGGAUUCUUGCCUUUCUGAUGUCUAGCUUCUUGUCUCAUUAUUAGAAAUGGUAGGCUUAGCAGCAGAAAAGCUUUCAUUGGUGGAGGUCAUGCCCAUAUGGCUGAGAGGCCAGGAGACUCAAAGUACUUUUAUUUUUGUUUUUAAUUAAACUUGAAUAAUAUAACAAUAAGAUUGAUAACAUGAGAUUUGAUUAAAAAGGAAUACAGAGUAAGUUAAAUGUCAGUUCAAACCAUUCCUAGUAAGUCCUGAUGGAUAAAAUUUGGUAAUAUUAUAAGAAAGUGCAUCAUUCUGAUCAUAAUAAGUUUGUAAUAUAGUUUGCAUUAAGAUUGGCAAUGAAGAACAUGGGUUGCUGUAUAGAGGAUACCACCAUAUUUCUAAUAACAUUUUUAUUUUUCCCAAAAGACAGAGUAACAAGUGUACAGAUCAUUCAUUAAAGAGACAGAGCUAAAAGUUGAGUUAAGAGGGUUAAAGCAGAAUCAAGCCUCAUAGAAUUAAGCCUUGCCCAUGUUUUAAAGAGAUUAAUCUGGGAAGGUAUAACCAAAAAACAAACAAACAAACCUCAGAAGAAAAGAAGACCAACUCACUUUCAUAUUGAAGUAAAUUUGUCUCUUGUUAUCAGGAGCUGAGUUUCACUAGGAGACUUACCUUUUUAAAGGAUGUCUUUUGAAGCCUAUGCAUUGCGCAAGGCACCUAUUCCAUCCUACAAAGUCCACAAAUGCCAAAUAUUUUGGUCCGUACCAUUUAUGAAUCCACUCAACUAGUCUUAAGUACAGUGGCAUGGAAAACAGACCACUUUGCAUUGUGAAAUGAUCAGGUACUGUACAUGAUUUUUUUUUUUUUUUUUAGUUCUCGUGGUAUGUUGGUGACACACAAACUUGGUAUCAAGGCGCAUUUCAAUUGUGGACCAUUUACAUCACUAAUAAACUAUAUGCUCAUUUGUUUUAUUAUUGUAUGGAUAGACAUACAUCCUUUAAAAUAACAUUGAAUUUUAUUCCUAUUAUGCAUUGUGAUUUAACUAGCAUUGAAACCUUGAAUAUCAGCUUAUUCUACUUUUUUGUGCUUGAAAAACUCAAGUGCCAUCUAUUAUUCAUUUAGAAUGAUAAAAUCAAUGUUGGAAAACAUCUUAAAGAUAAUCUACUAGCAACUACUUGCCCUGUACAAGAAUCUACUUCUGCUAUAUAUUGUCCCUGACAUUGCUAUCUGGCCUCUCUUUAAAUAUCUUAGCAAAGGAGACAGCCUGCUUGAUAGUUGACAACUCUCACUCUUAAGAAAGUUUUCACUUAUAUCCAACAAAAAAUGACUUCCCUGUAAUCAAAACUCAUUGUUUCUUGUCUUCACUGCUGGAACAAUUUUGAACAUUUUUGCCCAAUCUUUUCUAACUCCAGAUACUACUGUUAAGAAAACUAUUAUGUCUCCUUGCAAUGUUCUGCAAGCCAAACAUAUCCAGGUCCUCCAACUGUUCCUAUUUUUAUUUCCAGACCUCAUCUUGGUGUCUUUCCUCUGAAUAUAACUCUAGUUUGUCAGUAUCAUCCUGAUUUAAGUCCCAAACUAGACUUCUGUAAAUCUUGACAUUAUAUUUACUCUUUCUCCAAUUGCAUCAUCCUGUUGGUUCAUGUUCAGCUUAUGAUCCACCAUUUAUUAUAUGUAUUUUCUUUCCCUACGUCAGCCAAACUUUAGUGCUAAAAUGACUCCCUGUCCUGGGAUAUCUUAAUGAACACUGGGAAAGAAAUUAAAUAACAGUUGGGCUGUAUUUUGGGUGUAUGUGUGGAAGGAAUGUCUCCUGGAAAUGAGCACUUGUCAUUUUCCUGUGACUAUUACAAAGAAAAAAUGCAUCAACCGUCUUGUCCUAACAGUGCAGACAGCUGGAGAAUUAUGUUUCUAUUUAAUAAGUUGGUAAACUUAAUUAUAUUAUAAAAUCUCUUUUUUGCAUUCCAGAAUACAUGUAUAAUGGGGGGAGAAAUAGAAUGCGUUUUGUGUAUUAUGAACUCAGCAUCUUAAUGUUUAUGUAAUAUAUUUCAAUGCAAUACUAGACAAAAUCACAGUAUCAAGAAAUGGCCCCCAAAGACAGAAUAAAUUCCACAUCAAAGCCAGAACAGUGUGGCCCUACCCCCUUCCAUCUGCUGAUUGUAAAUUUGCUUCCUACUUCUGUUCUCAUGCAUUGCUAAUCUCUACAAAGGUAUUCCUGUCAGCCGCACCCAUUGUAAAAAUAAAGUUUCCUGUAGAAUAA